UGUUCUUUCACUUCCUUAAACUGUCUUUUCGUUGUCGCAUCAAAGCCACGUGAGAGUACCAUGGAUAAGCCAGUAGUUUUGGCUCGUGUUAUUAAGGUCCUAGGACGAACUGGCUCACAGGGCCAGUGUACACAAGUUAAAGUCGAAUUUCUGGGAGAACAAAAUCGACAAAUUAUCAGAAAUGUAAAAGGACCGGUACGAGAAGGUGAUCUCCUAACCUUACUGGAGUCGGAACGUGAAGCAAGAAGACUUCGAUAAAAAUAUUUACCUCCAAUACGUGAAGACAGUCAGAAGUAUUUGGAGUCUGCCAACACUAUUCAUUCCACCGAUUGAAAUGGGGAUCACAAUUAUUCCAGUACCACAAGAAUACACGAUCCAAAGUUUCAUGUCAAUGAACAUGUCUGCGACUUUUGUAAUAAACACUGGCUAAUAUUCCACAAAGUA